CAUUGAACCAAAUGUCAACUGAAGCAGAUCACCUCUUUUAUCUUCAACAUUGGUUGGUACCUCUCUCAUCUUUAGCCAACAAUUCAAGAAUUUAUGUUGUAGGUUUUGAAUAUUACUGCCAGCAAAUUUGCAACUUCUUGUCAGCUUGCAGAUUAUUUGGUGAAUUAUGGAACUUGUGCUACCAAUUUGUGAAGCGCUGAAGUGCUUUGGACAUCUAACAUGUACAUACAUGGAGCAUCACAGGAAACUUGAACGAAGGAUGAAUGAUCUUCUGGCAAAACAACGCCAACUAAAUGCUAUCAAGAGUGAUGUGGAAAUGAAAAUAAAAACAGAGCUUCGAUUGGGAAGAUGUGUAAGGCAAGAAGUAGAGAACUGGCUUCUAGAUGUGCAAACCAUCAAUGGCAAAAUACAGAACAUUGAUGAAAGAACGCAAAAUCUGUCUUGUUUUUCACGUGGGCACCUUGGGAAACAAGUUUCCCAAACAGUUGAAGAAGUGAAGGAAAUUAUUGAACAAGGCAGGUUCACUGGAGCUCUAGUAAUUGAUGAUCCAUCUACUGUUGGGGUGCCUUUUGAGUUGGAACAUUUGGAAGGUGAAACCGCGGUGCUUGCAGACAUUUGGAAGCAUUUGAUGAGUGAUGAAAUUGGAAUGGUUGGUGUAUGUGGAAUGGGCGGGAUUGGGAAAACCACUAUAAUGAAGCACAUAUACAAUCAACUAUUGGAGGAGACUAAAUCUAAACCCUUGUUUGAGAAAAUCAUUUGGGUCACUGUUUCACAGGACUUCAACAUCACCAGGUUACAACAAGACAUUGCAGAUGCUAUGAAUAUUGAAGAUCUUCCGAAACCUGAACAAAAGCGUGCAGCUGUGUUAAGGAACGAAUUGCUACAAAUAAGACAUGUGUUGAUCUUAGAUGAUGUUUGGGAAGGGUUUGUUCUCGAAAAGGUAGGGAUCCCUAUACCAAUAUUCAGCAAUGGGAGUAGGUUGGUAUUAACUAGUAGGUCGAAUGUGGUUUGUAGAUUUAUAGGCUGUUCUGAGAUAGUCGAAGUGCCUCCACUUUCCAAUGAGGAGUCCAUGAAUUUAUUCUUGGCGCAUACCGGACGUGGGAUUCUAAAGGUUCCAUCUUUGGAAGAAAUUUUGGGCGAUAUUGUUGGAGAGUGUGAUGGGUUACCCCUUGCCAUAGCAGUAAUAGCUGGGAGCAUGAAGGGAAUAUAUGAUGUUGUUGAAUGGAGGAAUGCAUUAACAGAGUUAGGUGACCAUGUAACAAGUGUGAAGGGCACAGAUAAAGAAAUAUACGGGCGAUUAAAGUUCAGUUUUGACCGUUUGGAAGAUUCAAAUAUCCAAAAUUGUUUCCUUUAUUGCUCACUGUACCCAGAAGACUAUAGAAUUCCAAGGGUGGAAUUAAUAGAAUACUGGAUAGAUGAGGGAUUUCUUGAAAGGGGGAGUCGACAACAACUGCAUGAUAGGGGUCAUACUAUAUUAAAUAGGCUGGUAAACAACUGUUUGUUGGAAAAGGCUGGAGAUGAUGUUAAGAUGCAUGAUGUGAUAAGAGAUAUGGCAUUGUAUAUCAAACACCCUUAUUUUAUGGUAAAAGCUGGCACCGGAUUGAAAGAAUUACCAGGCAAGCAAGAAUGGAAAGAUGUUGAAAGAGUUUCAUUCAUGAUGAAUAUGGUAUCAGAAAUUCCUCCAAGCUUGUCACCCAAUUGUGAAAAUCUUUCAACCUUGUUAUUACAAAACAAUGAGUCCUUGGAAAGGAUUUCAGAAUCAUUCUUUCAGCACAUGCAUAGUCUCAGCAUUCUUGACCUUUCUUAUACCAGUAUCGAGCAAUUGCCCAAUUCCGUAUCAAACUUGAAAACGCUCAAUGCAUUGGUGCUUCGUGGAUGCAAGGAGUUGAGAUAUGUUCCUUCACUAGAAAAGCUUAAGGCUCUACGAAAGCUAGACCUCCGGGGUACAGGUAUUGAAAAGGUGCCUAAAGGUUUGGAAAUGUUAGCGAAUCUAACAUAUCUCAACUUAUGUACUGAAAGCUUAAAGGAGCUGCCAAUAGCAAUUCUACCUAGGCUUUCGUGUCUGCAAUGCUUGGUAUUAUACGUUAAAUUACCUAGCGUAAAAAUGAAUGGAUUGGAAGUUGCCAGAUUAAGGAAGCUAGAGGUAUUUGAAGGGAGAUUUAAUGAGUUGAUAGACUUUAAUGCCUACAUCAAGUCUAUACAAGGUCGAGAGCUUACUUCUUACUUGCUUGUCAUGGCAUCGCCUAAAGCCAAGUUUGACGCCAGACCACUUGUAGAAGGGUUAAACAAUGCUUUCUUUUUCAACUUCGAAUUGCUUGGGGAUUGCGACGUCAGGAAUGUGUUCAAAAUCGUGGCAGGACACCAAGGUGUGAAAACUGUCUCCUUAACCUGGGGGGACAAAAAGCUGGAAGUGGUUUGUGAGAUGGAAAGGGAUCCUGCCACAUUUGUAGAAAGCUUGAAGAAAAGGGGGUAUGGAGUGCAGCUCGUGGAUGUGCAGGAGCAGGAGCCUCCAUUUCUUCCACGCAAGAGAGUCGUGAUAUUAAGCGGGUGUCCAAUAGGAAGAGAAGAUCCGGUAGAGCUCCCAAGUGAUGUUAGGUGUCUUAGAAUUUUUGAGUGCCCCGAUAUCAGAAGCUUAAGUGAUAUGCCCUUCUUCCAACAAACAAAUAAGUUGGGGUUCUGUUCGAUUCACCAUUGUAGAGGGAUAGAAUCCGUGCUUGACCUGUCCUCCACAUCUCAACCAUGCAACUCAUUUCAGAACCUUGAGCUAUUGUGGCUUGAAAAUUUGGAUAACCUUCAUAUGCUUGUUAAAGUAGCAGAAGAGGCAUCUGUUGUUUCUACAUCGAGUUCACUGCCAAUGCCAGGCAUCUUUUCCCAUCUUGAAUCAUUUGUGAUUAAAGGAUGCCCGAACAUGAAGCAGCUCUUCCCAUGUAAGCUAGCACAUGACCUCCAAAACCUGAAGAAGCUGGUGGUUUGUCAUUGUGUACAAAUGGAGGAAAUAAUAUCAUCAGAGGAAGAAAGACACAAGGGAAAAGGAAUAAACACUCGCACGAGAUUCAGUCUUCCCAAAUUACAAGAGUUAGUUUUGGCCUACUUACCAGAGUUGAAGAGCAUAUGCAGUUCAAAUAGGGCAGUGAUAUGCGACUCUCUUUGGGAUAUUGAAGUAAGGGAAUGUAUGAAGCUAAAAAGGAUGCCUCUUUAUCUACCUCAUUUCCGAGACACACACCAAUCAGUUCCUUCCGAAGAUAUCUGCAUAUCUCCAAGGGAAUGGUGGGAAUCAGUAGAGUGGGACUAUCCCAAGGCUAAGGAGGUUCUGCGACCUUGGUUAUAUUUUGUUUGAGAACUGAUGAAGCCUUUGCACUUGAUAAUGAACUUCAAUUUGAUUUUAAUCUGGUUGGAAUGUUGAUGUUGCAAUUCAAGUUUUCAUCUUGAUUUUAGUUUGCA